AGCUCCUCUCUAGCUUACUUGUUUUUCCCAUCCUUUGCUCAUAGCAUACUGUUUCUGAUUUGUCAGAACAGGCCAACAGAGACCAAUUCAGAGGUGGACAAGUCGGCAUCACCCUCAGUGGCUCAGCUAGCAGGGAAAUUCAAAGAGCAAGCAGCCAGUAUCACUGGAAAAGAGGUGCCACCACAUAAGCCAACUCGGAGGAAACCACCAUGCUCCCUUCCACUGUAUUCCAACAAAACUGAGACAAGCCAGAACAAUGGGCAAAAGCCAUCUCCAAAUGCUUGUCCCAUUCCCAAGGUCAAGGUGAAAAGCUCUCCCAUGAUUGAAAAGCUACAGGCCAAUCUGGCUUUUGCGCCAGCAGCUCUGCUGCCGGGAGCAUCUCCCAAAAGCCCUGGUCUGAAAGUCAUGGUUUCUCCGUUCAGCACCCCUCCCUCAACGCCCAGCAGCCCAGGGAUCCAGCCGCAGUCCAGUGAAGCAAGUGAGACGCCGGUCAGCUUUGAUAAACCCCCAGAAGGCACUCAGCUGCAAUUCUAUAACAAGGUGCGGACGCGGGGAUCAAUAAAGCGUAGGCCUCCCUCCAGGAAGUUCCGAAGAUCUCUGUCCGACUAUGGAGAUGGAGAAGAUUUAGGGAAUGUCAUUCCUUCUCCAGAAAAUGGUACCAAAGAAGAUGGGGAUGAGGUAUUUGAGCAUAAAGGCAAGACAGAGGAAGCAGAAACAGGGAACAAAGAAAUAAAGAAACAGACAGUGUCUGAUGAGAAGCCCCCAUCGAGGAGAGGAUCCAGCAUAUCAGACAAUGAAGACAAAGAGGAAAAGCAAGUGGAAGAAGUGACUCCUUGCAAGAGUAACAUAGGAGAUACAGAAAAGGAGGAGGAUGAGGUGUGUUCUCAUGCUCCAGGAGAGGAGAACUCACCCCAGUCACCCUCUGAAGACAAGGAAGAUAAGGUGUGUGAGGCUCCUCAGGAAAAAGAGGAGGAAGGUGGUGCCUGUGAACAGGAAAAGGGAGACAAAGAGAAGAAAGAAGCUGAAGAAAAGGAGAUCAGUGAGAACACAGUCACACGAAGAACGUCAGACACUGAGGAAACACCACUGGCACCUCAACCGCUGCAAGAGGCAGCAGGUUUAGAGACUGCCAGUGAGCCUUUAACAUCACCCAUGCAGGAGCAGGGCACAGAGUAGCCAUAAUGCACAUUAGGACGUACCCACCCAAGACACAGGAGAUGAUGUGUGAAUAGGAACCAUCUCACUUAAUCAAGGUGGAAGCUACUGGAAAACCUUCAGUGGCAGGAGAGGAGCAGAGUACAGAUAUCCCCUGAGGUCUAGACUGAUCCCGGAGCUGAGUGGCUGCUCAGCUUUCUGCUUUGCACCAUCAUAUUUUGUGACAAUCAGAACAAAAGACUGCCUUACAAUCACUUGGGAGUACAGAACUGAGGUGUUGGCUGACAUCCCAAGGUGGUAACUGGAGACUGAGAGACCUGCUUGCUAUGUGCUGUCCUGGACCUGGCAGCCACCGCCACUCCUGGGCCCUCUGUUCCUUAUUCCUGCUGAGCUCCAGAAUGUCAUUUUAUUCUCCCCUGCAUUGAUCUUAGGUGAAGUUCAUCACUUACAUACAUAUGUCUAUGGUGCCUUUUCAGUAGCUUUUUUUGAAAUAUCUCGGGUUUUCAAAUUUCAGUAAAUAAUGUUUUAAUAGUGGGAAAAAAGUGUGUAUUUUCUCCAUGUAUGUUGAUACAGACAAUGUGAAUCCUGAAUAUGGGAAAAUCUCCUAGGAAAUUGUUCAUAAAGCACAAAAUGCCUUUGAAAUGGGGGCUGAGCUGGCUGAUCUGUGAAACAUCCAGUCAUGGUUGAUGGGCAGUUUUUGUGUACUUCAACUUCGGAGUGAUUUUAGUGCUGGUGGAAAGUAACAAUGAACAGACAUGAGGCACAGAAAAGAUGUGCUGUGUAGGUCAGCAGGGCAAGUUCUCUUACCCAGUGCUGUGGUCCCGUUCUGAUUUAGAAGGGCCACCUGUCCAUCAGUCCUUUUAACUUCCAGACUCUGCUUUUGAUUUUUUUUGAAACUACUCAGUGACACUUUUGACAGAAAGAAUCCCGACUUACUAGAAACUGCCUAUUAAUUUUCUGUGAGUCAACGAGGUCUUAGAUGGCUGAGUCAUUUCAAAUCGUGUGGCCUGACUGCAUAUGAUUUGGUAUAGGACAGAUAGCCUAUGGAAGUCCUUUGGAAGUAUCUAGGAUUGGCAUUUUGCUAGAUUUCCACUCACUCUUGGUGUAAUAGCUAAGAUAUGGGACUAACAUUUGUUAAGUUAAAAGAACUUUUACAUCUACAUCUAGAGAGCAUGAAAUAAGUUAUGCAGGAAAAGAAAACGGGCCCAUACCUGACUGGUAUCCUGUCAGUAGUGCUUGAAGCUGUGAUCGUAUUACUGAAUAAAAUGCUGCUGUGGCUCAGGGCCGUUGGGCUCAUGUCUGCUUAGGUGCAGCCCCUCUGCAGCAGGCUGCUGUGUGAACAGCUGGGCAGGGCUGCACAAAGCUGAGCUGCACCAUGAGGUGGCUGGCAGAGCCAUGAGCGGUAUGGUGCCAGUGCUUGCACUUGCAACAGUCACCUGGGGUUCAGCAAUAUGGACACAGCUACAGAGACCAAAGGCAGAGCUAGGCAGCUCCUCUUCGUCCCUCACAAAGCUCCUCCUGGAAAAUAUUAAGCUGAGCAGAGUCGGAGGUUCAUGCUGUCCCUCUCUUACAGGCAGGCACAAGGAUUUAACACAACACAGCCCACAUCCUUCCUGCACUGGGCUCUGAAGCAUAGCACUGUUACAAAACCCAGGGUUUGGAGGGAUGUCCCCCUUCUGUUCGCCAACACUAAAAUCACAAAGGAAGAAAUGCCUCUAUGCCUUGCUUUUCUUUUCCUCAAAUGAGAGCAGAGGCACUCUGUUGAGAGCCAGCCGCAUUGGCCCUGGUACACAGAAUGGGCUUGUUGGCAAACAUGACCCCUGCAUCCUUUUGAGCCAUGUUGUGGCUCAAUGUUGUGGCCUUUGGACCUUUUUUAACGUGUUUGUUAAAGCUUGUAUUCCAGGGCAGGCUGCAAUCAUUUGCUGUAUCCUGUUUCCUCUCUCAGCAGCGUCCCACCUGUGAGUGACUGUGCCUGACUGUAUAUAUCAAUUCAUGUGUGCCUGUUUAGAGAAUGACAUGUGUGUCCCAAGCAAGGGAGUGGAAAUCUGAGGGAGAAACAGAAGAAAUAAACAGUGGAAUAAAAACAAAA